GAGGUGCAGCUGCUGGAGCUGUUCCAGCGGGGGCAGGACGAGACCACCCCCUUCACCUUCUACAAGACCUUCGGGGGCAGCACCCACACCUUCGAGGCCGCCGCCUUCCCCGGGCUCUUCCUCAGCACCUCCUGGGGGUCCGGGGAGCCCCUGGGCCUGGAGGGGCCCCCCAAG